GACGAAAGCAUGUGCAGAAGACGACAUCGCUCGCAGAGUCAUGAACCAAGCGGAGAUUCGCAAGUUAAUUCCAGCCCUCAGAGUGGCGAUACAGCCCAGGCAAAGGAAAUUCAGGAAUCCUGAUGGUCCCGAAGGCCGAUUGAAUAAAAUGAGAGCCACGGUGACAGAGUUAGUGAAGAACGAGAGAAUUGAACUGAAUUAUAAUCGCGCCGAUGAAGCUCGAGGAUAUACCGAGAGGCUGAUUGCAGAAGCUAUAAAGUAUGGAGAUUGUCACAGACCCACAAUGGAGAUGGCAACCUUUUGGCUUGAAGAGAAACAGCUCGUUCACAAGCUUUUUAAAGUUUUAGUUCCCAGAUUCAAGGAUAUCCGAGAAUCAUACACUCGCAUCCAUAAAGCACCCAACGUCUAUCCAGGACCUUUUCUGGAGAGAGCAGUGCUAGAACUCAGAGGGAAUCCUUUUCCGCCACUGGAGCAACGGAAGUCCACGCGAAACUGGCUUCACAACAUCCUGCUGGAGGAAGCACGCCGAGAACGGACACAGCAGAAACGCUCAGGUGGCAGCCAGGAGUAAAAUGUGAAGUUAUGUAAAUAAAUAUAGAAAAUGUACAUUGCUUUGAAAAUAAUAAAUACUGAUGUUUUCAAUAAA